UAAGGUAAAGGCACAGUCCCAUAAAACAUAUUUCUGUUACGUCCCAUAAAAACACUUUGACUUGCAAUAAAUAACUCAGAUAAUACAGAUCACUAGAUCAUACGGCGCAGAUAUAAUAAGUUUAAGGUAAACUGCAAAACCCCUGUCCUCAUCAGGCCAACACGUGCCACUUGUUCCUUACACUUAACAACUGUCUUCGACUCUUUUCGUACACCUCCCUCCACCAGAAUAUUCCCAUGUCACCAAACCAUACCAAGGCAAACCCGCUGAGGGCUUUUCAGUAAUUACAUCCAGACACCAACUGAAGUUAAAAAAAGCUACCACAAAACGACGACGGUUCUGACCGACGCCCACGACCCCACAUGAUACUAUCCCAAACCCAUUCUUCAAUUCAUUCACCUCCCCCCACACAUUUCUAACCGUCCAUUUAUAAGAUUCUGCUUUAUCAGCACCGACUGUUACACUAAAAAUCUGAACGCCCAGUAAGAAUAGUCCGUCCCGGAUACCAAUGCGUUCACCAUUCACAGCCAAAUAAUAAAACGAAAAUAGAAAACUCAAACAGUUAUUCUUCUUCUCCUUAUUAUUCGUCGUCUUCAACCUGGCGCUGCCUUCACUCACUUCCUUUAUUUUCACUAUGAAACUCUGAGCUAAGAAACGUAAAUACCUCACUACACGGAACCCUAAUUCCCAAUUUGUGCGCGUGGAAGCUUCGAGAAUGGUUUCGCUGGAGGAAUCACGGUCUAAUUCGAGCCGUUUCCCCUUGGCCAGAAGUUACCAGUACCACUCUUCCGUUUCGUCCAAAACGCAGCGUCAUAUAGGAAGGUCCAUGCGCACGAUACGCUCCAAUUUCUUCCAAGAUGAUGACAGCAGCUGCUCCUUCACCGAGAAAUCCACCUGUCUAUCGGAGAACCUCACUGACUCCGUCGUCGACCUCCGCCUCGGCGAGCUCGCGUCACGGAACAACAAAUCCUUGAAGUCCUCACCGGCAGAGGAGGACUUCCUCGACCUCUCUCAGGCCUUCAGUGAUUUCUCCGCAUGUAGCAGCGACAUCUCCGGCGAGCUGCAGCGCCUUGCGACACUCCCAUCACCGGAAUGCGUGCAGAAGAACAAUAUAUCUGGAGAAGUGGAGCCGGAGCCGGAGCCGGAGCCCUGCACGGGUUUCCUGCAGAGGGAGAGCUUCUCCACGGAGAUUAUCGAGAGCAUUUCGCCGGAGGAUCUCCAGCCGACGGUGAAGAUUUGCAUCGACGGCCUCCAGUCGCAGUCGGUGGCGGUAAAGCGCUCCGCGGCGGCGAAGCUCCGACUGCUAGCGAAGAACCGCGCCGACAACCGGAUUUUGAUUGCGGAGUCAGGCGCGGUGCCUGUUCUUGUUCCUCUUCUCCGUUGUAGUGAUCCUUGGACGCAGGAACAUGCGGUAACCGCGCUGUUAAAUCUAUCUCUCCACGAGGACAAUAAAAUGCUGAUAACCAAUGCCGGAGCAGUGAAGUCGCUGAUUUAUGUGCUGAAAACGGGAACGGAAACUUCGAAGCAGAACGCGGCAUGCGCGCUUCUGAGCCUGGCGUUGGUGGAAGAGAACAAAAGCUCCAUCGGGGCUUCCGGAGCGAUACCGCCCUUGGUUUCGCUUCUUCUGAACGGUUCGAGCAGAGGGAAGAAGGACGCGCUGACGACCCUUUAUAAGCUGUGUUCCGUGAGGCAGAACAAGGAGAGGGCAGUGAGCGCCGGUGCGGUGAAGCCGCUGGUGGAGAUGGUGGCGGAGCAGGGGAGCGGCAUGGCGGAAAAGGCCAUGGUGGUGCUGAACAGCCUGGCAGGGAUUCAGGAAGGGAAGGACGCAAUUGUGGAAGAAGGUGGGAUCGCUGCUCUUGUGGAAGCCAUUGAGGAUGGGUCUGUUAAGGGGAAGGAGUUCGCUGUUCUGACCCUUCUUCAGCUCUGUGUUGACAGUAUCAGAAACAGAGGGUUUCUUGUCAGAGAGGGUGGGAUUCCUCCUCUCGUUGCCCUUUCUCAAACUGGGAGUGUUCGAGCUAAGCACAAGCAUUAAUGUGCAUAUGAUGCAAGUUGUUGGGGAUUCGUGGUAUCUUAAAGAAUGACCUGGAUAUUAAACUUCUGGCUUGUUUUUUACAGGCCGAAACGCUGCUUCGAUAUUUGAGGGAAUCAAGACAAGAGGCGUCUACUUCGAGCUCUUAGCUAAAUGAUUACAUUGCUACUUGGGAAGGUGGUACUUAUACAAUGUAAUUGAUUAUUGUAUAUAUAGUGAUUUUGAUGGUUUGUACAGUGUGGCCAUGAUAGUUGGAAAUGGAGCUGGUUUUAUUGAAGUUAGAUGAAGCUAACGGCUAUAGACUGACCCUUUUAGAUGUAUGGAUAUAGCUAGAUAUGGGAGUUUGCUUUCCCUUGUUUCGAUUGCUCGUGUGUCCUGGUGUUACAUGGUUGUUUUUUUGGGUUGUUAGGUUGGUUCCUUUUGUUUAUAUGACCCUAGUUUUGGGAAAAGGGUUUCUGAUAGUAUUAUUGUAUGGUAAUUAAGUUGCGCGCUCGUAAUGAAAGUACAGAGCUUCUACUGAAA